CCAUAUUUACUAAAGUUCGUAGACGUAGACGUAGACGUAAACUUAGACGUAGCGUACGUUUACGUCUAAAACGGUAUUCACAAAAUGACGUUGACGUAAAAUUACGUCAUAAUCGGACGUAAAUCUACGUCUGCUCGAUAGGUACACGUAUCUUAUCAAACAUGGCGGCGAUUUUGUUUACACUUGCGAGAGAGAGGAGUCUGAGACGUCAGAGAGUUUUCCGGGACCGGACUAACCCAUUAGAUGUCUUCAGCGACCGAGAACUGAUUUGCCGUUAUCGAUUCCCGAGGCGGACCAUCGUUGAUUUCAUUCAGCAGGUGGACAGAAGACUUUCACGACCUACUAACAGGUCUCAUCCUUUGCCUGUUUCAUCUAUGGUUUUGGCAACUCUUCGAGUUCUGUCCAAAGGAGACUUUCAGUCUGAGGCUGCUGACAUACAUGGUAUUUCUCAACCCUCAUUCAGCAGAAUGUUUAUGGGAGUCGUUGAUGCCCUGAAUGCCAGCCUUGACAACAUCAUUUUUCCGAUGGGGCAAGAGGAAAUUCUUCGGACAAAGGAGGACUUUUUGAGGGUGGCAAACUUCCCCAACGUAGUUGGUGCCAUUGAUGGAACUCUGAUUCCAAUCAUGGGAAUGACUGGAGACGAUGAGCAUGUUUUUGUGUGCAGGAAAGGGUUUCAUGCCAUAAACAUGCAGGGAAUCGUGACCGCUGACCUGAGAUUUACUAACAUCGUUUGCAAGUAUGGGGGUGCCACACAUGAUGCAUACAUACUUGCAAACUCGAGCAUUCCCGAGAUAAUGGACCAGCUGCCAGGUGGAGGAUGGCUUUUAGGGGACAGUGGCUACCCCCUUCGUCCAUGGCUAAUGACUCCUUUCCUCACGCCCCAAGCAGGACAACAGGAGAAGUACAAUGCCAGUCACAUCAAGACAAGAAACUGCGUUGAGAGGGCUUUUGGUGUCCUUAAGUCCAGAUUUCGGCAAAUGUCUGCACAAAACAGGAGGAGCUUUGGCCUACACCCCUUCAAAAUGUGUAAGGAUCAUCGAAUGUUGCUGCCGCCUCCACAACAGGGCCAUCGAAGACCGCAUUCCAGCACCAGCAACAGGACAAGUACCCAUCUUCUCCGAUAAUGACUCUUUCAAUGCUGAAACUAUUGUCAAUGCAAACGCAGUUAACACCAGAAACAUCAUUGUUAGAAGAUUUUAAUUAUUUAGUGGAAUUGUCUGUUUAUUUGAUAUAUUUGCCUGUCCAAUAGUUAGUAAUUUUUGAUAAGUAAUGUGCAACACCCUGUUAAAUGUAGUUUGAUAUUUUAAUUAUUCAAAUAAGUGAUAAUUUUUUUUCUGCUUACAGGUCAUUAUCUUUGAAUUGUACAAAAGUUAGUACGUUAAAUGUGUUCUAAGAUUGAUGUUUUCCAAUUUGUUAUCUAAAAAAUCAUGUUCUACAUUGUCAACUCAAUUAUGGUAAACGAUUUGGUUAUUGUUUUAGAUUUGUUUUAUUUGAUAUUUUUAAAGAGAGAUAUCAUUUAAAGCUGCCAUCUUACUGUAGAAUUGUAAUAUUCCAUUUUUGAAUUCUCCAUCUAACUGGAACACAUACAAAGAAACAUUUUUUUGUUAAUCCACAGU